AUGGCCUCUUUGCGAAAGCGGGGUGCGCUUGGAUGGUGGAACCUGAUUGAAGCGGCCAAGGGGGGCGCGUCUCCUCAGCUGGGGGUAACCCCAUGUGGGCGCAGCUUAUCCGAGCUGUCACUCUACUUGGCGAAUUUCAACGAUUGGAGGAGUUCUAGCGCAGAUGUGAACCACUACGUUAGAGGCGAUACUAGCGAUGCUAGCGAUGUUAGCGAUGUUAGCGGUAGUCUUGACGGUAUUGACUAUCUUGACGUCAGUCGGGACUGCCUCGACGAUGCAAGCAUUGCCAGUGACGAGUUCGCAAAUUGCCGGAGAAAUCCGAGCAGUCACCACCUUAGAAGAGGACCGAGCGUCCAUUUCAACAGGGGGGAGGAAUUGACAAGUGAAGGUGACCCUCAAGAGUGCCAAGAGUGUAGAGACUGUAGAGACUGCCAAGACUGUAGAGAGUACCAAUUUGUCUUCAGCAAUGAUGGCAAGCUCCCAUACGGGUGCACCCAGGAGAACAUUAGCAAAAGAUUGACUGACCAAGAAAUCAUUUCCCUAACGGCGCAGCAUUUUUUCUACAUAAGUGGAAGGGAGGCCUUCCUCGUAUUCUUCUACUACAUCGUUUAUCUGACGAGGACCUACCGUCGGAUGGUAAAUGAAUUGAACGAUUGGUUUAGGGGAAUGGCACUGUCGAGAGGAAUCCCAAACGAACUGCGCAACAAAUUUUGGGGCGAAUGUAAAGCAGACCUCAUUAAAGAUUUGAAGGGAUUGCAAAAAGUGAGUAAAACAUACUACCAUAAGAUAGUCCAUGGGCAGACCUUCGUGUUUGUCGUGAGCUUUCAUUACCUUCUCCUUCGGUGUGCAAUGAUGUGGAAGCGGGCGCGCAAGGUGAAUGGCAGUAAGUGGGCGGACUUGUUGCGUCAGAGGGUGCUGGACUACUCUGCGGGGUGA